AAAAUAAAAACGAAAAAAUAGUAAAAUAGGAGCAGCGCAUGAAAAUGAAGUGCAAUAAAAGUCAAAUGGCCACGUUAACAAUGUGGAAAAUUUUUAUGGCUCUGGCGCUCGUAAUGCCGGUCACAUUAGCGCACCAGCAUUCUAUGGCCGGAGGAGCCGGCGGCGGCGGCGGUUCUUCUGGACACGGCGCUGCCAUGGGCAUGGGCGCUGGCACUGGACUCGGCAAAGAGGCACACGUGAAAACGAAGGACAUUGAUGCCGUCGAGGGUAAAUCAGUGUCGCUGCCCUGCCCCAUUGCCGAGCCCCUGCAUGAUGUUUAUAUGGUCUUAUGGUUUCGUGAUAAUGCGGGCAUACCUCUAUACAGCUUCGAUGUGCGCGAUAAUAUGGCCGUUGAGCAGCCCCGACAUUGGUCAGCUCCGGAGGUUUUUGGCUCACGUGCCAAAUUCCAUUUUGACUCGCAGCCAGCAACCUUGGAAAUUAAGGAUAUCAAACGGCAUGAUCAAGGCAUUUACCGUUGUCGUGUCGAUUUUCGCACAGCUCAAACGCAGAGCUUCCGUUUCAAUUUGUCUGUAAUAAUACUUCCGGAGCAGCCCAUCAUACUGGACCGCUGGGGUCGUCAACUGAAUGGCACAAAAUUGGGUCCCAAGCAGGAGGGCGAUGAUAUUGUUAUCACUUGUCGUGUGGUGGGCGGUCGACCACAACCACAGGUCCGCUGGCUUGUGAAUGGACUACUUGUCGACAAUCAAAACGAGCACAAUUCCGGCGAUGUUAUCGAGAAUCGACUGUUGUGGCCAUCGGUGCAGCGCAACGAUUUAAAUUCCGUAUUCACAUGUCAGGCAUUGAAUACGCAAUUAGAUAAGCCCAAGGAGAAGAGCUUCAUACUCGAUAUGCACCUAAAACCAUUAACUGUAAAAAUUCUGGAACCACCCAGCUCAAUGAUUGCCGAUCGCCGCUAUGAAGUCACGUGUGAAUCAUCGGGUUCGCGUCCGAAUGCCAUCAUCACUUGGUACAAGGGAAAACGUCAAUUGCGACGCACAAAGGACGACAUAUCAAAGAACUCGACACGCUCGGAGCUGAGCUUUGUGCCCACCACAGACGACGAUGGCAAAUCGAUAACAUGCCGUGCGGAAAAUCCAAAUGUGAACGGCCUCUAUUUGGAGACCAUGUGGAAAUUGAAUGUCGUUUAUCCGCCAUUGGUAACGCUGCGUUUGGGCUCCACACUGACACCGGAUGAUAUCAAGGAAGGCGACGAUGUUUACUUCGAGUGUCACGUACAAUCGAAUCCUCAAUGGCGGAAACUGUUGUGGUUGCAUAAUGGCAUUCACUUGGAGCACAAUACCUCGGCUCGUGUCAUACGCUCCAAUCAGAGCCUGGUGCUGCAGAAGAUAACGAAACACUAUGCGGGAAAUUAUGCGUGCAGCGCCAUCAAUGAUGAAGGCGAAACGGUCAGCAAUCAGUUGCCGCUGCGUGUUAAAUACACGCCUGUUUGCAAGCACACGGAUCGCGUUAUACUAAUUGGUGCCUCCAAGGAUGAGACUGUUGAGGUUAUAUGCGAGAUACAAGCGGAUCCGCCGCCUCGAACAUUUCGCUGGAAGUUUAACAACUCGGGCGAAACUCUGGACGUGGGCAGCGAACGAUUCAGCGUGAAUGGAAGCCGCAGCAUUUUAAAGUACACUCCGGUCACAGAUCAGGAUUAUGGAACUCUAUCCUGCUGGGCGGCUAAUGAGGUGGGCACACAGCAACAGCCCUGCCUCUUCCAAGUGGUUUUAGCUGCUCUGCCAAAUGGCGUCAGCAACUGCAGCAUCUUCAAUCGCACAGAGCUCAGUGUUGACAUACAAUGCAUACCCGGCUACGACGGCGGUCUGCCUCAAAUAUUUGUACUCGAAAUGUUUUCAACACGCACCGGCAUUACCAGACUUAAUAUAACCAAUGCGGAGGAGGCUCUUUUCUCGCUGGAGAAUCUGGAUACGCUCACAUCGAUGAUGAUGCAGGAGAAUAACUCGCUGAGAAUGCGCAUUUACUCUUACAAUCAAAAGGGACGCAGUGCGGCAUAUCUGUUGCCCGAUUUCAUAAUUGGCUCAACAGCUUACAAGACAGACGACGAUGUGACGCUUACAUUGUCCCCGGUGAUUGUUGGCAGCGUUCUGACCAUCAUAAUUAUUGGGGUGGCCAUCGCGAUACGAAUAUUUCUGGUAACAUUCGUGCACAAUUUGCGACGCAAUCGCCAGCAUGGCAACAAGGCGACAUCAGCGGGCGUUGUCGUCCAAGCGGCCGACGUCUUCAAGAGCGGCAACCUGGAGAAACCGCGCUGGCAGCACACUGAUAUAAAAACGAAAUCAUCGGAGGAUCUGGUCGAAGACGAACGUGAUCCAGAUGUAAUACCCUCACAAUACGUUGGCGGCAGCAGCGCCGGCAGCAGCGGCAGCAAUGCCUCCAAUGUGGGCAGCACCACAGCCGGCACAGCCACCGGCAGCAGCACAUCGACAGCGGUCGCCGCAGCUGUGUCCGCAAUCGACCGCGAUGCGCAUCAGUUUGCUGCGGCAGCAGCUCCAGCAGCGACGUCGUCUGCCGUUGGACUCGUUGGCAGCAUUUCCAAAUGGUCACCCAAUGGCAAUGCACCGACCAUGACGACGACAACGACGCUGUCCAGCGAUCCGUCGAAUCCGCCGGUCACCUACAAUCAGAUCAAUGCGCAGCGGGCCCAGCUGCUGGCCGCGGUGGCAGCGGUCGGUGGCGGCUGCAGCAGCACUGUCAUCUCGCCCAGCAGCAGCAUUAUGGGCAGCCUGGGCGCUGGCAAGCCGCUGACACUGGGCAUGGGCGGCACCAUCAUUGGAUCUCCCACGUCGCUGUCCUCGACGGCGACGCUGGCAGCGCACCUGCAGCCGGCGCACAGCAGCGGUGUGGGCACACUGCCGCCUGGCCUGGGCAGCGGCGGUGGCUAUAUAAUGAAUGCCUAUGCCAGUGGCAGGCUGCAUCAUCCGCCAGGCGGUGCUGGUGUGGGCCACACGGCCACCUUAAAUCGCCAUCACCAUCAUCAGCAGCAGCAGCAGCAGCACCAUCAUCAGCAACAGCAGCAUCAUCAGCAUCAACAUCAUCAUCAGCAGCCCGGCUCCGGUUCGAGUUUGUUGCUGGGCAGUGUUGGCAGCGUUAUGGGCGUGGGCGUCACCUCAACAACAACCACCUCGUGCAACUCCUCACAGGACUUGGAUGACAACAUUAAUAUAAAUGCGAUUAAGGAUUGUCUUAUGACGCAGCGUGUGCCCGAGAGCUGCGUCUAAGUUAAGAAUUAUAAAGUCUAGACUUGGACUUUCUAAUCACCCAGAUCUACACCUACACCUAGAACUAGACUAGAACGUCAGCUGAACGUGUUAUAUGUAUGUAGUUGUAUGUAUAUAUAAUAAAUAUGAAUGUCAUAGUUA